AUGUUAGCUUGUGAUUCAGGCUUGCAGCAUCGCUUCACCGCUUCCACCAACUCAUUCGCACGGCGUUUCAGAGCUGACGCUUACCCCGACUCACGUGACCUCAACGUUUACAACAAUAUGUAUACAGAAGGUGAGCCAAAGGAUAGAAAUCGCAGAACUGAUUCUGCAUCAACACCUGACUCAUCACCCAUUCCACAGAAGGCGAGUCACAGCUGCGAUGUCCCACCACAGCUGUCGCCAGAAGUGCUUCCACCAGCUUCUGCAGCAUACACUCCACAAAGCACACAACCCUUCCAGCCCUCUUUCAUCACAUCGGCACAGUCCGCAUCACCAAAUGGGACCAACUCUUCAUUCUCACCCCCAAUGCAGAAUUCUGAUGAGAAAUCUGAACUUCAUCACACUAACAAUCAUCACCAUCACAUGCAGCAUCAUGCAGAUCGAGGAGAUCAGCUAGACAGGGGCCAUAAUAGUGAUUCUGAUUCUUCUAGUGCCAAUGGCAUGGGUUCGGAUGGAAACAGAAGAUUUCGUGAGUUCGUGCCAGACGAGCAGAAGAAUGAAAUCUACUGGGAGAAAAGACGCAAGAACAACGAAGCAGCUCGGAAAUCUCGUGAGAAACGCCGCAUGCAGGAUAUGGUGAUGGAAGGAAGGAUCACCACUUUAGAAGACGAUAAUUCAAAACUCAGGCAGGAAUUGCUGGCCCUGAAGAAAAAGUUUAAGGUUCCUGAAGGGCAACCCGGUUAUGAGACUGAUUCAGAUGAAUCACAACAGGCGGGUCACAGAGGUAUGAACACUGCUUCACCUCCAGAGAUGAACAUGGGUCAAACGCAGCACCAUAAUUCAGUAAUGGGCGGAAUCAGUAAGGCAACUUCUAACUUGCCAUAUAGUUCUCCACCACCAUUGCUCACAAUGGCCGAAUCCUUACCAUUAGGAAUGGCCAUGUAUUCCGCUGGCUCCAAUGCUGGUUUGCCACUGUUGUUGUCAGAAGCAUCUCGUAUGAAUCAUGAUGGACCACUAAAGCAUAUUUCACAAUCCAUCUUGCAAGCAUAUCAUCCACAGCAUCAGCACCAUCUUUCUCCUCAGAAUUUACACCGUUCUUCUUACUUAUUGGACAUGGUCAAAGAGGAGUUUAUAGAAGAGGGGGAGGUCAGAGUCAGAGAAAGAAGUAACAGCAGCAUUGAGAGGCGAUCGGCUUAUAAUUCAGACAUGUCUCUGUUAAGAAGAGCCAGUGUGGGGAAUUAUUCCCAGUAUCGUUCGCAGUUAAGCCCACCUUCUGCUCCAGUCAGCCAUCAUCCAUAUCUCAGUUCUCACAUCAGUCCAGCGCAUUACCUUCAGCGUAGCUAUGACAGCCAUCCAUUGUCCAGCUGGUCUGAACGCUCCCCAAUUUCCAGUCACAGCAGCGACGACAAUUAUGACGAGCCACUGCAGCUGACAGUUCGUCGCGACAGCAGCAUCAGUAUGCACAGCAGUAUCCAUGUCGAUGAAAGCAGUAGAGAAGGUGAUUCCAAUGUCACCUCAGGUGAGAAGCCAUCAUUACCAGUGAGUCCUCCAGGAUCAUCUCUUCCACUAAAACUUCGCCACAAGAUUCCAUCUCAUGACAUUUCUUAUCCAAAAGAGAUGUUUCCUAACAUAUCACCGGCUGCUGUCCCAAAUGUUACACCUUCCUCAUAUCCAACACAUCCUUUUGUCAAUGGGAUGGCCCAUUUGAGUGAUUUGACUCUUUCACAAGCCAAUCCACUCUCUUUAAAAGUAGACAGUCCUACUCCUUACACACAGAGGAAAGAGGCUCGUGUGGGUUCAAGAAGAAGCCUGACUGAGUCCAGAUACAUGGAUCCCAAAUACCUAGAGAGAAGACGAAGAAACAAUGAGGCUGCUAGAAAGUGCAGGGAGAACAGAAAGACACUGACUAAAAUCCGGGAAGCCAAAUCAGAUUACCUGGAAACAGAAAACAACAAACUGAGAGAUGAAUUAAACAGCCUGCAAGAAGAGAUGAAACAGCUAAGAGAACUUAUUGAAAAGAAAAGAUUAGAGCAAGGAAUAAAGGAUGAACCUAAUGUUGAGUCAUGA